CGUGACUGGCAGCUCCGGCGGGCCGCGGGCUGCUGGUAAAUCAACAACCCCCAUCCGCGUCAAAAGAGAUUGAAGUUCAGUCAGGCAACCAAAGGACUUUCAGAAAAACAAUGAAUCUGUUUCUGGAUCUUCUCCUGUUUUUGGCUACGCUCAUCUACGCCUACUUAGAGGCUUUUGUGAAGCUUUUUAUCCCUGUGAAGAGAAAGUCUGUCCGUGGAGAGCUUGUUCUCAUCACGGGUGCUGGCCAUGGCAUAGGGAGAGCAACUGCCUUCGAGUUCGCCAAGCGUCAAAGCAGACUGGUUCUGUGGGACAUCAAUAAGCACGGCCUUGAGGACACGGCAGCAGAAUGCGAAAGGCUGGGAGCCACUGUUCAAGCCUUCGUGGUGGACUGCAGCAAAAGGGAGGAAAUCUACAGCGCUGCAGAGAAGGUGAAAAAGGACAUUGGGGAUGUCUCCAUCCUGGUCAAUAACGCUGGUGUGAUUACAGCUGCCGACCUGCUCUCGACUCAGGACCACCAGAUUGAAAGAAUGUUUGAAGUCAACAUUCUUGCUCACAUGUGGACCACAAGAGCUUUUCUGCCAACCAUGAUGAACAACAACCACGGUCACAUUGUCACAGUGGCUUCGGCAGCAGGUCAUUUGGUGACUUCCUUCAUGGUGGCUUAUUGUUCAAGCAAGUUUGCUGCGGUUGGAUUUCAUAAAGCUCUGACAGAGGAGCUGUCUACCCUGGGAAAGGACGGAAUAAAAACUACGUGUCUUUGUCCGGUUUUUAUAAACACCGGAUUUGUCAAAAACCCCAGUACAAGGCUUGGAAAGAUUUUGGAGAUUGAAGAAGUUGUAGAGGCUCUGAUGGAAGGAAUACUGACCAACCAGAAAAUGAUUUUUGUUCCAUCACGUCUAAGCAUUGCUUUACUUUCUGCAAUGUUACUUCCAGAACGCGCCCUGGCUUUUCUGAAAAAGCUGACCGAUGCCAAGUUUGAUGCAGUUGUUGGGCAGAGAAGCACCCAGUGAAAAGCAAAAAUUGAUUCUCAUUUCCCAGUGCCAUGAGUGAAAUCAGAACACGUGCUGAGCGUAGUUCAGCUGGUUUGAUUCAGGGCUGAACUAAGACAGAUGCUUCCAGGCCACCAUUUCCAAGCACACCUAAGGGUUUAUCCCACACCUGCGGCAGGGACAUACCUGAAUAACAUGGAGUGUUAACAAAGCAGAGAUGCAGCUCUAGGAGUCUAAAGGGCUGCUUUGGCUGUAUGUCGCAUCGCCUCUAUCUCCUAGUGCUGAGGCAGACAGGAAUUCCUACAAAGCCCAUCUUUGUAACAGCACAGCUGCGUACUUGAGUGCAAAGGGAUUGCCUGAGAAUAUGUUAAUCUGGACUCAUCCCUGAGCAAAGGUAUCUUGCAAGAAGCAAUUUAUAGAGGAGGUGGGUGGCCUGUUUCACCUCAAUUUAUCUUUUUAAAUUUAAAAAAAUGUGCUCUAAUGAACACUCACUUUCAUGUGCUUUUGUAGUGAGUACCUGAAAUAAUGCAGGCUUAUAUGUAAUGUAAUGCCUAAUUACAUCAAUUAUCAAUUAUGCAUUAGCACCAUCUACACGCCUGAUUCCAA